AUGUAUCGUCUGUUUCAUAUCUCUUUUUCUUCUUUCUUUUCUUUCAUCGAUUUUCUUUUCCUUGUCCCUUUUGUAUCUUUACUCUUCAAUUUAUUCAUUUUCGCAUUUUCACUCUUUGGUUUUCUUCCGCAAAUUCUGUCUUUCUUUUUCUGUUUAUUCUGUUCAUCGAUUCAUUUUAUUUUCUGUCUUUCCCUUUUUCCUGUUUUGCCUUUUUUCUUCGUUUCUUCUGAUUCUAUUUCUUGUUUCUUUCUUUCUUUCUUUCUUUCCCGUAAUUCUCUUAAUAAUACUUCUUUCUUUCAUUCUUUCUUUCUUUCUUUCUUUCUUUCUUUCUUUUUUCUUUCUUUAUUUCUUGCUUGCUUGCUUUCUUUCUUGCUUUCUUUCUUUCUUUUUUUUUCUUUCUUUCUUUCUUAUUACCCAUUUAUUCUUUCCCUUUCUCUUUAUAAUACAUCUUUCUUUCUUUCUUUCUUUCUUUCUUUCAUUUUUCUUUCUCAUUUAUUCUUUCCCUUAAUUCUCUGUAUUAUACUUCUUUCUUUCUUUCUUUCUUUCUUUCUUUCUUUCUUUCUUUCUUUCUUAUUACCCUUUUAUUCUUUUCCUUAA